AUGAAUCCCCUAACGCGGUUAUCAAAAUGGAGUUGCGAUAAAAAAUUGACCUCAAUUCGUACCUGGGCCAGCACAACUGCUCUAGAUACUUAUAUGACAGGAUUCUCUAAAAACGUCCGGAGUGGCCGAAAGAUAAGGUCCUCAUUGCGUAAGGGAGCACUCUCCCAACGUUGUCGCAGUCGUAGGAGCCUCGACUGGAUAAUCGACGUGCAGCCUUCGCUCUUGUACCGAGCUCCUUUGCAUAGGUUAUGCGAAUUUGCCCACGAAUCGCCCGGUUGUACUGGGUGGAAGACUUUGACAUUGGCUACUCCAGAGAUGGCCCCCACCACCUACAGCUAUUUCGGGAAGGUGAUCAUUAGAGUCCAGGCGGUUGGCCAGUUGCUUGUCUCAGCAGUCUUGGCCCCACCACCAAGUGUCUACUUGAGAAAGCAUUCCAUGAAUAGCGAUUACCACUACGCCAUCCAAACCACCCCCAGACAGAAGUUGAGUAGGGUCAGGAAAGACCUAACAAGGAAGAGAUACAGAACUGAUAGGAAGACUAUGGAUAGAGGAAGCUCAGGUGGAAAGCAAGCAAUUCAUGCAAGAAUAACGUGUCACGGCAGGGCGUCUCUUGUAAGAAGAGUUGAAUUCCUAAGGAAAAAAGCACAUACAGGAGUUUCUCUAGUGGUGCGCUGCAUAGCUGCCUACCGGCGGACGACCAGCUCCCACCUCCACGUGGUGUCCGCUGGGAACUCUCAGAAAAACAGUAUGGCUGUCUCUGAGUGUCAGGAGGAGCUCAACAACGUGACAUCCACCAUCCACAACGCGUCGAAGCGGCGGAAAACAAUCUCGGAACUUCAGGAAAACCAAACGUACAGCUCCAGUACCGAAAGGAAGUCGUGUCCCCUUUCACGUACGCCAUACGAUAGAAAACGAACCUGGGAGUUUCAUUUUCCUGCCCGACAACGCAAUUGUGGAUGGCGGCACGGUAACGUCACAUCCUCUCAAUCAGGUCAUGCUUGA